AUGCCGCCUCAGCCUCAUUCCGUUCUGAUGCACUUGUUGCAGUCAGGCGAGUACAGCGACUUCGUUCUACGCUGCAAGGACCGCGAAUUUAAGCUUCACCAGAUGAUUGUAUGCCCCCAGUCGCCCGUCAUCUCUGCGGCGCUCAACGGCGGCUUUGAGGAAGCAACUUCAAAGAUCAUUACUGUUAAUGAGUUCGAUGUCCGUACCGUGCAGUACAUGGUUGGUUUUCUCUACGGUGCCGACUACAGACUCGCUCCCGAACCCGAGAAGAAGCCUGCGGAGGACUCGAAGAGGGAGGAGGGCGAGAUCGUUACCGACGAGGAGCGCAUGGCCGAAGCUUCUCGAGAGUCUCAGAGGAUUGCAAACCAGACUGUCUACAAGAUUGUAUCCCAUCUUCGCGUCAACGCCAUCGCAGACUACUACGGAAUCCAGAAGUUGGCAAAUCUCUCGACUCGCAGGAUCGCCUUCCUUUUCAAGAGUAACACAGACUUCUCCGUCAUUCCUCAAGCCAUCGCCGAGAUGGCUACCGCAAACAGAGAUCCUGAAACUCGCUCUGUCAUCGCGUCGGCAACCGCCCAGCACAUUGAGGAACUCGCCGCGUCGCAAGCUCUUCAAACAAUCGACCUGGAACACCAACUCACAAUUGAGAUCCUUGAGGCCUGUGGCAAGAGAAUCCAAAAGCUGGUGGAAGACUUGAGCGCUGCGAACGAGGUGAACAACAAGCACAACGAGACCAUACGCAAACUAGAAGGGGAUCGAGAUCUCGCUGCCCAAAAGGUCACAAACAUCAUGCAGCAAGUAGGCUCGACCACCAAAUGUCGUAAUUGCAAGAAUCAUUUUGGUUGCUACAUCGAAGAGCCCGCCAACAUUCUUGCAGAGGCAUCUCGCUACGUUAUUCGUUGCCAAAGCUGUAACUGCCGCCAUUCAUGA